CCAUUUUCACUGAUAAACUGCCCUUUCUAAACUCCCCUGCGUUGCCUGCAGCAGUCUCGGUGCGUCACAGCGGUGGAUCAGCUCACUGUGCGGGUGGGGGGAGUGAGCUGUGUACGUGAGAGGCAGAGAGAGAGGAAGGAGCUGGAGCAGGAGCGAGUAAGGAAUUGAGUAUUUGCUGCCACAUACAAGUACGAAAAGGAGCCAAAUGGAAUGAAGCAACCUUGACAUAUGAACACGUCUCAAAUUCUAUACAAGGCAACAGUGAAGCAGCAAGGAGGAAAAUACAUAUACAUUAACAACAAGAAUUUCAGUCCAGCAAAUCAAACAUGGAAGCAGAGAAGCCGGCGGAAAUGCAGGAAAUAAAGGGCAGAAUUACUAUAUACACCGUGACAGGAUGUCUUCAUUGCUUUAGAGCAAAGGCUCGCCUGAUCAAUAUGGGCCUUCCCUACACUGAAGUUAACAUCAAGGCAAAUCCUGAGAUUCGGAAGUACGUUAUGGAGCUCACUGGACGGUUUACCGUACCACAGCUAUUCUUCAACAACAUCUUUGUGGGAGGAAAUGAUGAUUUUGAAAAUAUGUCAGAAGACGAGCUUAACAAACUGAUUAAUAUGGUUAAGAACGAGCCUGUACCUGCUGAUGCACCUCCAAUUCCUGAACCAGGAGCUGUUAAAGAAGAGGCACCGAAGGAAGAACCGAAAAUUGAAAGAGAUGAAUAUGCCGAUCUGAUUGUGGAGUUCAAGGAAAGUGGCAAUAUUGGCAAUCACUGGUCAUGUCUAAAAGUCCACCAUAACACGUUUACUGGCAAAAAACUGAUUAGCUGGCUGAUCAGUAAUAGAAACAUUGAUAAACCUGCAGCAAUUGCAAUGGCGAAAGUUUUGAUCAGCAGGAAGUUUUUAAAUCCUCUGAGUGAAAAUGCAAUGGAAGACAGUGACUCUCUGUUCAGAUUGGUAGAGCACGACUCUGCCUCAGCAUUAAAUACUGGAGCAACCGCAGAACUUCGUGCAGUUUCCGCUUCUGGACAUUCUGAAAUUAUGAGAGAGUUAAUUCUGAAGUUGUUCGCGGAAUACAUUACUCCUGAUGGCAAGUACGUAGAUUAUAAAGCCAUGGCUACUAGUCCGAUGUUUGAGGAGUUUCGCGUACUUGCAUUACAGCUGCAGCGUUUGAAGUUUGACGACCUUGAUAGAAAGGCAAAGCUGGCAUUUUUCAUCAACACAUACAAUGCAUUAGUGAUCCAUGGAAAUAUUGUAUACAAUGCACCAAGGACCCUGUGGCAGAGGUAUAAAUUUUUUAAUACUGCAAGUUACUUGAUUGGUGGAGAAAUCUUUUCCCUGCAUGAUAUUGAAAAUGGUGUGCUGCGUGCAAACCGAAAAGGCAUUGCUCAAUUAUCAAAACCUUUCGCAAAGGGUGAUCCACGUCUUAAGGCUGCAGUGGAUGAAGUGGAGCCAAUGAUUCAUUUUGGUUUAAACUGUGGAGUCCAAAGCUGUCCUCCCAUCAAGACCUACUCUGCCAAGGAGAUUGAUGAACAAUUAAAGAUUGCAACUGAAGCUUUCCUUGAUGGCAACGACGGCUGUAAUAUUGAUGUGGCCAAAAAGGAAGUUCGUCUGAGUCAGCUUUUCAAAUGGUACAGAGUUGAUUUUGGUGGAACAGAUGAAAAGUUGCUGAAAUGGGUGUUCGACCACCUGCGAGAUUCACCAAAGAAGACGGCAUUGAAAGAACUCAUGGACAAAGGAAACAUCAAACUUACUUACCUUCCAUAUGACUGGUCAACAAAUGCUAAAGACUGAUGUGUCUCGCUGCUCCUCCUCUAAUGACACAGGUGGCCAUGGAACUUAAAUUCCUGCCUGAAAAGUCUAAUCUAUCUGCACUGUUUCAUGCGUAUCUAAUCUGUUUGAAAUAAACAGUAAAUUUCU